GAGCAGGUGUUUGCCAUGUUUUGCCUCUCAGUUUAGUUUCACAUUCAGUUUUCACCAGUUUACCUCAGUUUUCUCCAGCCGUCAUGUCUCGGGGGUCAAGUGCAGGAUUUGACCGCCACAUUACCAUCUUCUCCCCGGAGGGAAGACUCUACCAAGUCGAGUAUGCCUUCAAAGCCAUCAACCAGGGAGGACUGACCUCUGUAGCGGUCAGAGGGAAGGACUGCGUUGUGGUCGUCACACAGAAGAAAGUCCCUGAUAAGCUGUUGGAUGCUUUGACAGUCACACAUCUGUUCAGAAUCACAGAGAACAUUGGCUGUGUUAUGACCGGCAUGACUGCUGACAGCAGGUCUCAGGUACAGAGGGCCCGGUAUGAAGCAGCUAACUGGAUGUAUAAGUAUGGCUAUGAGAUCCCUGUGGACAUGCUGUGUAAACGCAUGGCUGACAUCUGCCAAGUCUACACACAGAACGCUGAGAUGAGGCCACUAGGAUGCUGUAUGAUAGUGGUUGGAACUGAUGAAGAACUGGGUCCACAGCUGUAUAAGUGUGACCCGGCCGGCUACUACUGUGGCUUUAAGGCCACAGCAGCUGGAGUCAAACAGACAGAGGCCACCAGCUUCCUGGAGAAGAAAGUCAAGAAGAAGCUGGAUUGGACCUAUGAGCAAACUAUAGAGACGGCUAUCUCAUGUUUGUCAACGGUACUGUCCAUCGACUUCAAGCCGUCAGAGCUGGAGGUGGGAGUCGUCACAACACAGGAACCUCGAUUCAAGAUUUUGUCAGAGUCUGAGAUUGAUGCUCACCUGGUGGCUUUGUCUGAGAGAGAGUGAGGAAAGUUGGCAGCCAUUGUGCAGCCGUCGUCAUUACGUGCUCUGAAAAGGAUGAUGAAUGGUAGAUCCAGAAAAACCCCACCUCACUCACACAAAGGUUUCAUCUAGAAGGAAGAUAAAGGAGGAGCUGGGAUCAUCUUGUUUAGAAGACAUGAACAACACAGUAAAGUUGAGACAAAACAAUACAGAACAAUAAGGUCAUGUUUUACCAGGUGGGUAGAAUACGUCACCCAGCUCCACUGUCUGUGCUCCCACCAUGGCACUUACACCCCCUCCAUCCUCCCUGGUCAUAGUCAGGACCUGACUGGACACAACAUUAUCCACAAAUCGCGCCCCCCUCCUGCAUUUUCCUUCUAGACACACUGAGACAUCUCACAGGGCCUGGAAAGAUGCUGGACAUUGACAUCAGUCCACCAUGACACAUCGGCCUGAUAUGCUCCUCGGUCUCUGUGUGUCAGACAGCCAUUGACCACAGUGGCCUCUGUGUAUGCAGCUCAGCCCAAAUGACUUCAGUUGUCAAGUGUGACGUGAGCAGAUUGGAGGACGGAGGUGUGGUAACACUACAACUACAGCACAAUACCUCUGAAGUAUGGACUCGGUAUGGUCCAGUAGCUUCUUGAGUCACUGUAUUUAAAACAGUGCUUCCUAACCAUCUCUACUCAGGGCUGCCAUGACUUGUACUUUCCGAAUCUCUCAUUUUAUUCAUCUGCCUCAAAGUGUCUCCUCUCUGUUGUCUUUAGCCCCAGGGUGAUGUUUAUUCUCUGACGUACUUUUCGAUGACCCAGGGAACAGCUGUGGGAAUUCUCCCAUUGUGACAGUCACCAUCGUCACACCCCUGCUUAUGUCUGCUCAGGUCAAUGUCAAUGGGAAGUCGCUUAUUAUUUCUGUCUCUCCCUUGUGUCUUGAUCCUCCUCUCCUCUGCUGCCAUUGCUGUACACUACUGCACCUCUAUUAAAAAGUGUUUUUAUUGAA